AAGUUCGAAGCAGCCACUGUAAAAGUUUUGGAGAGAGAGAGAAAAUAUCAGAGAUGGCAGUUCCAGGGCGAAGAAAUGGGAUGCGGGAAGACGAGGACAACGACGUUGAAGAAGGCCUCUUCGAAGAAGAUGGUCUUGUCGUUGACGCUCAAUUCGACGACACUCCUCCCCACCUCCGCCAACUCGCCGCCGUCUCUCAGUCCGGCGACCUCCCUGCCCUCCGCCUCGCUCUCGAUAACUUGGAUGGCAACAUUGACGAGCCAGUCGAAGACGGGGAUACUGCUCUCCACCUUACCUGUCUGUAUGGACAUUUGGCCUGUGUUCAGCUCCUUUUGGAAAGAGGAGCUUCCGUGGAGGCCAAAGAUGAAGAUGGAGCACUUCCUCUGCAUGAUGCUUGUGCAGGGGGAUAUACUGAGAUAGUCCAACUUCUCAUUAGCAGGGCCUCUGAUUCAGAAUGUUUGAGAAGAAUGCUUGAAACAAUUGAUGUUGAAGGUGACACUCCUCUUCACCAUGCAGCACGAGGUGAACAUCUGGAUGUUAUAAGGUUGCUGUUGGCACAUGGGGCUUCUCCUAUUAAGAAAAACAUCUUUGACAAAAUUCCAGCUGAACUAGCUGAACCAGAUACAGAAGCAAAGAGAUUACUAGAAGCUGCUGCAAACACUAUAGCAUACUAGUUAUUGCUGAUCAGUUCCCUGAAUUCGUAGUGACAUCUGGGUUUCGUUUCCUGUGUACUAGACAUGUUUCUUGUUUGAUGACCAACUAGAGCAGUACUCUAGAUUUUUGGCGGAGGAAGUUUUUGAUGGUGGGUUUCCCCCAACAGAAUAGUCGUUUUUUCGUGGCAGUGGAAAGUCCCGAUUAACCAAUUCUCAUAUUUUUGUUUAUAUCAUUAAGAACCAUUGAGAGCUUGUAACCUUUUUUUUU